UAACUAGAAAUGAUAGAAAUGUUAAGAUUACAAAAAUGGUCAAAUGAACCCAAAAACAUGUAAUCCAGAUUGGAUUUUGAAUAACACCACAUAUUCAUAGAAAAACAAGGAAGAGUUGACUUCAUCAAAUGCUCCAAACUAUACGGCCCUUGUACUUCAAAAACCAAACGUCAUGCACCAACAUAUAUUCCUUCUUUGACAUUCACCAACAAAGAAAGAAAGUAAAGAAAAAAAAAACACAAAAUUGUCAUAAAGAGUUGAAAAGUUAAUCUGCAAACAUGAUGUUUGAACAGCAGAUGAGGAUUGACAUGAGGAAGAAGGAAGAAAAGAGAUCAUCAUCAUCAUCAUCACCAAAGGGUACUACUAGUAAUAUUGAAGAAGACAGGCUAGAAAUCGUUGAUUUGAGUGGCAUGUCUUUGGACUCCCUCCCUAAUCCUUCUCUCAAUCUGGCCACUAUUUGCAAACUUGACCUCUCCAACAACAAUCUUCAGAGCAUACCAGAAUCCUUAGCAGCAAGGUUGCUACAUGUGGUGGUGUUCGACAUACACUCCAAUCAGCUCAAGAAACUCCCAAAUUCAAUUGGUUGUCUGUCAAAGCUCAAGGUUCUCAAUGUCUCCGGCAACCUCCUUCGCUUCCUCCCGAAAACAAUAGAGAACUGCAGGCUCUUGGAAGAACUGAAUGCCAACUUCAACCAGCUCACAAUGCUCCCAGACAACAUAGGAUUUGAGUUAACGAACUUGAAGAAGAUCUCUGUGAACUCGAACAAGCUAGUAUUCCUUCCGCAUUCCCUCACUUACCUCACCUUGCUACGCAUACUCGAUGCAAGGCUUAACAACCUCAGGUGCCUCCCUGAUGACCUUGAGAAUCUCAUCAAUCUUGAAGUGCUCAAUGUGAGCCAAAACUUUCAGUACUUGCAAUCCCUUCCAUACUCUAUUGGCCUCCUUAUCUCGCUCGUCGUAUUGGAUGUAAGUUACAACAAAAUAACUACUCUUCCUGAUUCCAUGGGGUGCCUGAAGAAGCUCCAGAAGCUUAAAGUAGAAGGAAACCCUCUUAUUUCGCCCCCUGUGGAGGUUGUAGAGCAGAACCUUCAAGCAAUAAAGGAGUACCUGAUUGCAAAAAUGAAUGCAGGGCAUAGAAGCCCUGCACAUAAGAAGAAAUCAUGGCUUGGUAAGCUAGUCAAGUAUGGUACCUUCAAUAGCAGAUUAAGCGGGAGCCGUGAGGAGAGGGAGGGCUUCAUCAUGCCCGAGUAUCGCUCCAUCGACAGCCUUGCUUCGCCCAGGUAUAUGGGCAUGUUCUCACCCCGUAGACUCUUCUCUCCUCGGACUUACUUCAUGACUAGAUGAGAGGUUAAGCUGCCUGCCCCUCCCUGUUUGCUGGUGUGAGAUGUAGUCUGUUUCUGCGUAGUGUGGUUCUGAAUAGGAUUGGGAUUUGGUCACCUCUGCCUCUCUCUGUUAUGAAGUUUAUGCUGUAAAAACAAACCACCAAGACAUGUAGACAGUAUGUACUGUCCUUGUAUGCAGUUUUUGGGAUAUUAAUGAAGUUCAUUUUAAAAA